AUGUCAACUCACAGACCUUUCCAGUUGAAUCAUGGAUCAAUUGAACAUACUUUCUUAGUUCCUCAUUCAUUAUACGCCAAUUAUUCACAAUUGAAGGAUGAGUUUUCAAAAACGCUACCACAACCUACCGAAGGAUUCGCCGGUGACGAAGAGCCAGCUAGUCCAGUUGAAUUGUACGGUAAAUUCUUGGGUUUCAUAAGCCAACAACAACCAAGACAAGACGAAGUCUUGCGUCACGCAAUUAGAGACUUUGAAUCAACUUUUUUACAAAAUAACGAUGACAUUCAUUCAUUUGCAGUCAAGAUAUUACAAGAUGAAUCAUACCCAACAACUCAAUCCAAAAUCAAGAAUCUUGUGAAAGAUUACUACCAAUCAGUUCAAACUAUCCCAAGAACCGAAUCUAAUUUAUUAUACCACGCAGCUAAGAAGACUGCUAAAUUGGCAUCAAUCUUUGGUGGACAAGGUAACACCGAUGACUAUUUUGAAGAAUUGAGAGACAUUUACAAUACUUCUUCCAAUUUGAUCGGUGAUGACUUGUUGGUCCCCAUCACUGAAAAGUUGAAUCAAUUGGUUAAGCAAGAUUCAGAAUUUGACAAGAUUUACACCCAAGGGUUGGAUGUCUUGAAAUGGUUGAAACAUCCCGAAACCACACCCGAUCAAGAUUAUUUAUUAAGUGUCCCCGUUUCUUGUCCUGUUAUAUGUAUGAUUCAGUUGUGUCACUACGCAGUCACUUGUAAAGUGUUGGGGUUGAAUCCGGGCGAAUUGAGAGAUUUAACUUCGUGGUCAACUGGUCAUUCACAAGGUUUGAUCACUGCCGUUGCCAUUUCUGCUUCUUCAUCUUGGGACUCGUUUUUAUCCAACGGUAUCAAGGCAUGUUCGUUUAUGUUUUUCAUUGGGUCAAGAUGUUUGAGUGCUUACCCAAGAACCACUUUGCCACCAACUAUGUUGCAAGAUUCAUUGAACCACGGUGAAGGUAGACCAUCACCAAUGUUGUCAGUAAGAGACUUGCCAACUUCUAAAGUUGAAAGAUUUAUUGAACAAACAAAUGCUCAUUUGCCAAAGGAGAAACAUAUUGCCAUUAGUUUAGUCAAUGGGGCAAGAAACUUGGUUUUGUCUGGUCCACCAGAGUCCUUGUAUGGUUUCAAUUUGAACUUGAGAAAUGUCAAGGCUCCCAAUGGUUUGGAUCAAUCACGUAUACCAUUUAGUGAACGGAAAUUGAAAUGCUCCAACAGGUUCUUGCCAAUUUUCUGUCCGUUCCAUUCUCAUCUUUUAGCUGACGCCACCGACAUUGUUUUACAAGAUAUCGAAAACAUUGCCUUUAAUGAAUUGAAAAUCCCAGUCUAUGACACAUUUGAUGGAAGCAACUUGCAAGGAAAAUCCGCAACAGAUUUGAAUGCCAGGUUGGUAAAAUUGAUUACCGAAUUACCUGUUCAUUGGGAAUUGGCAACUAAUCACGAAGCCACACACAUUCUUGAUUUCGGACCAGGUGGUGUUUCGGGAUUGGGUAUCUUGACCCAUAGAAAUAAAGAAGGUACCGGUGCAAGAAUUAUCAUUGCUGGUGCAUUGGACUCUAACCCAUUGGACGAUCAAUAUGGUUUCAAGCAUGAGAUUUUCCACAGAUCAGAAGAUCGUCAAAUUAAAUGGGCACCAAACUGGCUACAAGAAUAUAAACCAACCUUGGUGAAAACUUCCAAAGGUAAGACUUAUGUCAACACCAAGUUUUCUCAGUUAUUGGGAAGAGCACCUUUGAUGGUUCCUGGUAUGACCCCAACUACAGUCAAUCCCGAAAUUGUUGCUGCUUCAUUAAAUGCCGGAUACCAUAUUGAAAUUGCUGGUGGUGGUUAUUUUGAACCCGUGCUGAUGACCAAGGCUAUAGACAAGGUUGUUGCAAACAUCAAACCUGGCUAUGGGUUGGGAAUCAAUUUGAUUUAUGUCAACCCAAGAAUGUUGCAAUGGGGCAUUCCAUUGAUCAAAGACUUGAGAGAAAAAGGAUACCCUAUCCAAUCAUUGACCAUUGGAGCUGGUGUUCCCUCAUUGGAAGUUGCCACUGAAUAUAUUGAAGACUUGGGAUUGACCCACUUGGGAUUGAAGCCUGGUUCAAUCGAUGCCAUCAGUCAAGUUAUCACCAUUGCCAAAGCCCACCCAAAUUUCCCCAUUGUUUUACAAUGGACUGGUGGCAGAGGUGGUGGUCACCAUUCUUUUGAAGAUUUCCAUCAACCUAUUAUUCAAAUGUACUCCAAGAUUAGAAGGUGUGCAAACAUUGUUUUGGUUGCUGGUUCUGGAUUUGGUUCUGCUGAUGAUACUUAUCCGUACUUGACUGGUUCGUGGUCAAAGAAGUUCAAAUACCCACCAAUGCCUUUUGAUGGUGUGUUGUUUGGUUCAAGAGUCAUGACUGCUAAAGAAGCUAAAACAUCAUUGGAAGCCAAGAAGUUGAUUGCGCAAUGUCCUGGUGUUGAUGACUCCAAGUGGGAACAAACAUACAAAAAGCCAACUGGAGGUAUUGUCACUGUCAAAUCAGAAAUGGGAGAACCUAUCCACAAGAUUGCCACUAAAGCUGUCAUGUUUUGGAAGGAGUUGGAUGAAACCAUUUUCAAUUUACCAAAGAAUAAACUUGUUGAAACGUUGAACAAAAAAAGAGACUACAUUAUUGACAAGUUGAAUAAAGAUUUCCAAAAGCCAUGGUUUGGUAAAAAUAGUCAAGGUGUUUGUGAUUUGCAAGACAUGACUUAUCAAGAGGUUGCCAAUAGAUUGAUUGAAUUGAUGUAUGUCAACAAAUCAACUAGAUGGAUUGAUCUUUCAUUGAGAAACUUUUUUGUUGAUUACCUUAGACGUGUUGAAGAGAGAUUCACCACUAAAGCCAAUACUGUCUCAUUGAUUCAAAAUUAUGCUCAAUUGCAAAACUCGCCUCAACAAUUUACUGAUGAAUUCUUUAACCGUUUUUCGUUGGCCAAAACGCAAUUGAUUUCAGAAGAGGAUUGCGACUUUUUCUUGAUGUGUGCAUCAAGACCAACUCAAAAACCAGCUCCGUUUGUACCGGUUUUGGACGAACGUUUUGAAUUCUUUUUCAAAAAGGACUCAUUGUGGCAAUCCGAGGAUUUGGAAACUGUCGUUGAUGAAGACGUGCAAAGAACUUGUAUCUUGCACGGUCCUGUUGCUUCACAAUUUACCAACAAAGUUGAUGAACCGAUUGGUGAAAUCUUGGACUUAAUUCAUGAGGGACAUAUUGCUAAAUUACUCCAAGAUGAGUACAAUGGCGAUGCAUCAAGAAUCCCCGUUGUUGAAUACUUUGGUGGAAGGAAACCAACAACGUUGAAACCAGUUGACCAUGUCACCAUCACUGACGGUAAAUCUGAAAUCGUUUAUGAGAUCAAGUCAAAAGUCCCCGAAAGUAAAGCUUGGUUGGAAUUGUUGCAAGGAUCCGAGUUGAACUGGUUACAAGCCAUCAUCUCAACCGAUAGAAUUGUUCAAGGUUCUAAGCAUGCUUCCAACCCACUUCAUGAUAUAUUGACUCCAACUCCACACUCACAAGUUGUCAUCAACAAGUCAUCUCACACAUUGACCGCCUAUGAAAGAGUCAAGGGAGAUUUGGUCCCAGUUGUUGAAAUCAAGUUGUUGAAGGACAAUAUCAUUCAAUUUUCCUUGAUUGAGCAUAGAACAGCUGAUGGUGCACCAGUUUCAUUACCAUUUUUGUACAAGUACCAACCAGAAGACGGAUUUGCUCCAAUUGUCGAAAUCAUGGAUUCAAGAAAUGACAGAAUCAAGGAGUUUUACUGGAAAUUGUGGUUUGGUUCGAAAAUUCCAUACAAUUUGGACAUCAAUGUUGAAGAACAGAUCUUGGGUGACGAAGUUACAAUCACUGGUAAGGAUAUUGCCGAAUUUACACACGCUAUUGGUAACAAAUGUGAAGCAUUUGUCAACAGACCAGGUAAAGUGACAUUGGCACCAAUGGAUUUCGCCAUUGUUGUAGGAUGGCAAGCUAUCAUCAAGGCCAUUUUCCCAAAGACUGUUGAUGGGGACUUGUUGAAGUUGGUUCACUUGUCGAAUGGGUACAAGAUGAUUCCUGGAGCUGCUCCGUUGAAAAAGGAUGAUGUCGUGUCUACUAAAGCUGAAAUAAAGGCAGUUUUGAACCAACCCAGUGGUAAAUUGGUUGAAGUUGUGGGUACAAUUUACCGCGACUCGCUCCCGGUCAUGGAGGUUUCUUCACAAUUUUUGUACCGUGGUGAAUAUGUUGAUUACGAAAACACUUUUCAAAAAGUUACUGAAACACCUGUUCAAGUUGCUUUCAACUCAUCCAAAGAUUUAGCAGUGUUGAGAUCAAAAGAAUGGUUCCACUUGACAAAAGAUGUUGAUUUUGACGUAUUGACUUUUAGAUGUGAAUCAUUAUACAAGUUCAAGUCUGCCAAUGUCUACUCAUCAAUCAAGACUACUGGUCAAGUCUAUUUGGAGUUGCCUACAAAAGAAGUUGUUCAAGUUGGUGAGGUCAAUUACGAAGCUGGAGUUUCUUACGGUAACCCAGUAACUGACUAUUUUGCUCGUCAUGGAAAGACCAUUGAAGAGGCUGUUUCAUUCGAAAAUGCCAUCCCUCUUUCCUCAAGUGAAGAAUUGAUUUCAAAAGCUCCAAGUACUAAUGAACCAUAUGCUAUUGUGUCUGGUGACUACAACCCAAUCCAUGUUUCACGUGUGUUUGCUGCUUAUGCCAAAUUGCCAGGUACAAUUACUCACGGAAUGUACUCGUCGGCAUCAGUUAGAGGAUUGGUGGAAGAAUGGGCUGCCAAUAACUUUGCAUCAAGAGUCAGGGCAUUCAAGUGUGAUUUUGUUGGAAUGGUCUUACCAAAUGAUACUUUACAAACUACUAUGGAACAUACUGGUAUGAUUAAUGGUCGUAAGAUUAUCAAAUUCCAGACCAAGAACAUUGAAACUGAUACUCCAGUGUUGAUCGGAGAGGCGGAAAUUGAACAACCAAUCACAACAUAUGUAUUCACUGGUCAAGGUUCUCAAGAGCAAGGUAUGGGUAUGGACUUGUACAACACAUCUGAUGUCGCUAAAGAAGUUUGGGAUAAAGCUGAUAAACACUUUGUCAACAAUUAUGGUUUCUCAAUUUUGGAUAUUGUUCAAAAUAAUCCUAAGGAGUUGACAGUUCACUUUGGUGGUGCCAAGGGAAGAGCAAUCAGGGACAAUUAUAUUGGAAUGAUGUUUGAAACCAUUGGCGAAGAUGGAGAAUUGAAAUCAGAAAAGAUUUUCAAGAGCAUUGAUGAAACUUCAACUUCAUUCACCUUUGUGUCUCCAACUGGAUUGUUAUCAGCUACCCAAUUCACUCAACCGGCAUUGACGUUGAUGGAAAAGGCAGCUUAUGAAGAUAUCAAACUGAAGGGGUUGAUUCCGCUGGAUAUCAUGUUUGCUGGACAUUCAUUGGGUGAAUACUCGGCAUUGAGUUCAUUGGCCAAUGUCAUGCCAAUUGAAUCGUUGGUUGAUGUUGUCUUUUACCGUGGUAUGACCAUGCAAGUUGCUGUCCCCAGGGAUGAUUUGGGUAGAUCCAAUUAUGGUAUGUGUGCUGUCAAUCCAAGUAGGGUCAAUCCUACAUUCAAUGAUGCCGCCUUGAGAUUUGUUGUUGAUGAGACUUCUAAACGGACUGGUUGGUUGUUGGAGAUUGUCAACUAUAAUGUUGAAAAUCAACAAUAUGUUACGGCUGGUGAUUUACGUGGGUUGGAUGCAUUAACCAAUGUACUCAACGUUAUCAAAUUGAACAAGGUUGAUAUUGUCAAGUUGCAAGAACACCUUUCUAUUGAAGAGGUUACCAAGCAUCUCAAUGAGAUUAUUGAUGAGGUGAAACAAAGAACAUUGGCCAAACCACAACCAAUUGAAUUGGAAAGAGGUUUUGCUGUGAUUCCAUUGAAGGGUAUUGAUGUUCCUUUCCAUUCGUCGUAUUUGAUGUCUGGAGUUAAACCAUUCCAGAGAUUCUUGUGUAAAAAGAUUCCAAAGUCUUCAGUUAAACCACAAGAUCUUAUUGGUAAAUAUAUCCCCAACUUGACUGCAAAACCAUUUGAGUUGACAAAGGAAUACUUCACCGAUGUUUACAAGUUGACGAAAUCGGAAAAGAUUAAAAAGAUUAUUGAUAACUGGGAGAAGUUUGAGCAAAUGUAA